AUGACAAAGCGGCCACUGGAGCCUACGCCAGAGCUCGUGCGAGUUUGGAAGACCUCGGGCGAAGAGAUUGCCUCCCUGCCUGUGGACGAGCUGAGUGAUGUCAAGGCUCUGAAGAGGUACCUUGAGCCCCUCUGUGGCACUCCACGAUUCAGGCAGAGACUUCUGAAUGAUGGCGUCAUGUUGGAUGACGGAGCUGUCUUGAAUUCACCUUUGGACCUUCAGCUGGUGCUCCUACGCUUCUCCGAUGCCUCCGACAACAUGGAUGCAAACCUUUCCAAGGCAGCAGAGGAGGGUCUGGAAGCUUUGGUGGAGGAGAUCCUGGGUAGGCCCAGGGACCCUGACUUCCUUGGCAGUGAGACCCUGCCAGCGCUCUGGGUUGCGUCCCAGCGCGGACAUGACAGCAUCGUCAGGCUGCUUCUGGAAGCAAAGGCGAACAAGGACGCCUCUCACUGUCGCCGCCAGAUUACACAGCCGAACAGCCGAACCACCUGCGUUGCGGUUGCAGCUGAGCGCGGCUUUAUCGACGUUGUGAGGUUGUUGCUGGAUGCUGGGGCUAGGCAAGCACUCCCCAGAGAGGGCACCACUGUGUACGACACGCCCCUUGCGACGGCAGCAGCAGCUGGUCAUUUGGACACCGUGCGCCUCUUGUUGGAGACGGGUGUCGACAAGGACAUGCUCGCCAACACGAACUUCAAAGGGCGAGCCCCACUUGCAUGGGCUGUGCAGGAGGGCCACUUGGAUAUUGCACAGCUGCUGUUGGACGCAGAAGCUGAUGCCAAUCAAACUUGCACCCUGGGCCGGACUCCUCUUGUUUGGUCCUGCGAGGAGGGCAGGGACGAGCAGGUGCGGCUGCUCCUUGAGUCCGGCGCCGACAAAGAUCGGCGAGGCCCCUGCACCCCUUUGGGGGCCGCUGCUCGCCGAGGCCAUCUCUCCGUCGUCCGACUUCUCCUUGAAGCUGGCGCCAACAUCGAUGCCCUGCGAUCGUAG